AUGACCGUUUCUGGUUUUGACAGUGCUUAGCAGUAUAUAAGUAUGUAAUCUAUGGUGCUUAGUGUUAAAACUUAAAUCUGAAAGCGGAAUUAAAACUUUUAUUUGUACAUUAUACUUCGUAAAUUCAAUAUCCAACACAAUAAAGACAACCGAAAAUAAUAAUGAGUCGCCAUUUAAAAGCUUUAAUUGGGCCGUCUAUUCUUAAUUCAGAUUUAUCCAAACUUUACGAGGAAUCACAGAAAUUGUUGGACAAUGGUGCUGAUUAUUUACAUUUAGAUGUAAUGGAUGGACAAUUUGUACCUAACCUUACUUUCGGCCAUCCAGUUGUAAAGUGCCUCCGGAACAGAAUAAAAGAUGCAUUUUUUGAAACUCAUAUGAUGGUUUCUAACCCUGAACAGUGGAUUUCACCAAUGGCCGAUGCUGGAGUUAACCAGUAUACAUUCCACAUAGAGCCCGUAAAUAAUGUGGAAGACAUUUGCAGGAAAAUAAAAGAAAGUGGCAUGAAGGUUGGUGUAGCUAUCAAACCUGGCACACCUGUGUCAGAAGUAGAGAAAUAUAUUUCUGUAGCGGACAUGGUUCUCAUAAUGACAGUGGAACCUGGUUUCGGGGGCCAGAAGUUUAUGGAGGACCAGAUGGAGAAAGUUCGUUACUUGCGAGAUCAAUACCCUCUUUUGGAUAUUGAAGUGGAUGGGGGGGUUGGUCCUGCUACUAUAGGAUGCUGUGCUAGUGCUGGAGCAAACAUGAUUGUAUCAGGGACUGCUGUUAUUGGGUCAAAAGAUCAAGCCGCAACUAUCAAACUAUUGAGAGAUACAGUACAGAAGGCCAUUCUGUAAUAGCUCGUACCAAAGUUAUAAAAUAAAUCGAAUGUUAUUGUUAAGUACUUAGAGUACACAUUCCUAUAAGCAGUCUUCCGUUUUGAUAAGUUAUGGUUUAAUAAAAAUUUAGAUUUUUACAU